UAUUCAGGAUCAACUAUUUUUACAUCAACUGCUACAGCUACAUUUGGAGGACAAGAUUCAGUUAUAGUUAAUUAUCCGUCAAAUCCAACUACAACCAAAUCUCAAUAUUAUUCAGGAUCUACAAUAUUCACAUCAACUGCUACAGCUACAUUUGGAGGACAAGAUUCAGUUAUAGUUAAUUAUCCGUCAAAUCCAACUACAACCAAAUCUCAAUAUUAUUCAGGAUCUACAAUAUUCACAUCAACUGCUACAGCUACAUUUGGAGGACAAGAUUCAGUUAUAGUUAAUUAUCCGUCAAAUCCAACUACAACCAAAUCUCAAUAUUAUUCAGGAUCUACAAUAUUCACAUCAACUGCUACAGCUACAUUUGGAGGACAAGAUUCAGUUAUAGUUAAUUAUCCGUCAAAUCCAACUACAACCAAAUCUCAAUAUUAUUCAGGAUCUACAAUAUUCACAUCAACUGCUACAGCUACAUUUGGAGGACAAGAUUCAGUUAUAGUUAAUUAUCCGUCAAAUCCAACUACAACUAAGACGCAAUAUUAUUCAGGAUCUACAAUUUUCACAUCAACUGCUACAGCUAAUUACGGUGGUCAAGACUCAGUUAUCGUCAAUUACCCAUCAAAUCCAACAACUUCAAAAACUCAGUAUUACUCAGGUUCAACUAUAUUAACAUCGACAAUAACAAACAGUUUUGGUGGCCAAGAUUCAGUAAUUGUAUAUUACCCAUCGAAUCCUAUUACAACUAGAACUCAGUUUUAUUCAGGAACAACUAUUUCAACAUCAACUGCUACAGCUAAUUUCGGUGGACAAGAUUCAGUUAUUGUAAAUUACCCAUCAAAUCCAACAACUUCAAAAACUCAAUAUUACUCAGGUUCAACUAUUUUAACAUCUACAAUAACCAACAGCUAUGGAGGACAAGAUUCAGUAAUUGUUAAUUACCCAUCAAAUCCAACUACUUCAAAAACUCAGUUUUAUUCAGGUUCUACAAUUUUCACAUCAACUGCUACAAACAGUUUUGGUGGCCAAGAUUCAGUAAUCAUUAACUAUCCAUCGAAUCCAACUGCAACUAAAACUCAAUAUUAUUCAGGUUCAACUAUUUUUACCUCAACUGCUACAGCUACAUUUGGAGGACAAGAUUCAGUUAUUGUUAAUUACCCAUCAAAUCCUACCUCAACUAAGACGCAAUAUUAUUCAGGAUCUACAAUAUUUACUUCAACUGCUACAAAUAGUUUUGGAGGUCAAGAUUCAGUAGUUGUUAAUUAUCCAUCAAAUCCAACUACAACUAAAACUCAGUUUUAUUCAGGAUCAACUAUUUUUACAUCAACUGCUACAGCUACAUUUGGAGGACAAGAUUCAGUUAUAGUUAAUUAUCCGUCAAAUCCAACUACAACCAAAUCUCAAUAUUAUUCAGGAUCUACAAUAUUCACAUCAACUGCUACAGCUACAUUUGGAGGACAAGAUUCAGUUAUAGUUAAUUAUCCGUCAAAUCCAACUACAACUAAGACGCAAUAUUAUUCAGGAUCUACAAUUUUCACAUCAACUGCUACAGCUAAUUACGGUGGUCAAGACUCAGUUAUUGUCAAUUACCCAUCAAAUCCAACAACUUCAAAAACUCAGUAUUACUCAGGUUCAACUAUGUUAACAUCGACAAUAACAAACAGUUUUGGUGGCCAAGAUUCAGUUAUUGUUAACUACCCAUCUAAUCCAACUACUUCAAAAACUCAGUUUUAUUCAGGAUCAACUAUAUUAACAGCGACAAUAACAAACAGUUUUGGUGGCCAAGAUUCAGUUAUUGUUAAUUACCCAUCUAAUCCAACAACAACCAAGACCCAAUAUUAUUCAGGAUCGACUAUUUCUGUAUCAACUGCUACUAAUAGUUUUGGAGGUCAAGAUUCAGUAAUUGUAAAUUAUCCAUCAAAUCCAACGACUACUAAAACUCAGUUUUAUUCAGGAACAACUAUUUCAACAUCAACUGCUACAGCUAAUUACGGUGGUCAAGAUUCAGUAAUUGUUAAUUACCCAUCAAAUCCAACUACAACCAAAACUCAAUAUUAUGCAGGAUCAACAAUAUUUACAUCAACUGCAACAGCUAAUUAUGGUGGUCAAGAUUCAGUUAUUGUCAAUUAUCCAUCAAAUCCAAUUUUGACUAAAACUCAAUAUUACUCGGGAUCAACAAUUUUUACUUCAACUGCUACAGCUACUUUUGGUGGUCAAAAUUCAGUUAUUGUCAAUUAUCCUUCAAAUCCAACUACAAUUAAAACUCAAUAUUACUCAGGUUCAACUAUAUUAACAUCGACAAUAACAAAUACUUUUGGAGGAGAAGAUUCUGUAAUUGUAAAUUAUCCACUUAAUCCAACUACUUCGAUAACUCAAUUCUAUACAGGAUCAACUAUUUCAACAUCGACAAUUACAAACACUUUUGGAGGUCAAGAUUCUGUAAUUGUUAAUUACCCAUCCAAUCCUAGUACAUCCAAUACUCGACUUUAUUCAGAUUCCGAAUACUAUACUUUGAGUGAAUCAAGUACCUUAAGUGGGAUUGGCUUGAGUACCAUUAGUCAUCUGACAUAUACUGGAGUUUCAUCUAGUGUUAUCUCAAGUUACAACCUGUCCGCAUCUAGUUUUCCAAGUCAUACUUCACAGUCAUCUAUUGAAUCAUCAUCAAUCGAAUCUUCAUAUGUUACACCAUCGUCAUUUGAAUCAUCGUCAAUUAAGUCCUCAUCAAUUGAAUCUUCCUUUAGUACACCAUCAUCAUUUGAAUCUUCAACCAUUACACCAUCAUUUAUUGGAUCUUCAUAUGUUACAUCAUCAUCACUUAAAACAUCAUUAAAUGAGUCCUCAUCAUUUGAAUCUUCAUUUGCUACAUCAUUGUCACUUGAAUCAUCAUCGUUUGAGUCGUCGUUUGUUACACCAACUUCAUUUGUAUCUUCGUAUGUUACAACAGCAUCGUCUGAAUCUUCAUUUAUUAUACCUUCAUCAAUCGACUCAUCAUGGGCUAUCCCUUCAUCAUUUGAUUCCUCAUCAAUUAUACCAUCUUCAAUUGAGUCUUCAUAUGUCACACCAUCUUUACUUGAAUCAUCAUCAUUUGAAUCAUCAUGGUCUACCCCAUCAUCAUACGAGUAUUCAUAUGUUACACCAUCAUCUCUUGAAUCAUCAUCAUUCGAAUCAUCGUCAAUUGAAUCUUCAUUUAUUACUCCAUCAUCAAUUGAGCCCUCAUCAAUUACACCAUCAUCAAUUGAGUCUUCAUAUGUUACUCUAUCAUUAUUUGAAUCAUCUUUUGCUAUACCAUCAUCACUUGAGUCUUCGUCAAUUGAAUCAUUAUCAUUUGAAUCAUCAUUUGUUACACCAUCAUCAGUUGAGUCUUCAUUUACACCAUCGUCAGUUGAGUCUUCAUUUACACCAUCAUCAUUUGAGUUCCCAUCAAUCGAAUCUUCAUCAAUUGAAUUGUCAUCAAUUAAAUCAUCAUCAAUCGAAUCCUCAUCAAUUGAUUCAUCAUCAAGUACACCAUCAUCAAUUGAUUAUUCAUUUAUUACACCUUCAUCGCUUGAAUCCUCAUAUAUUACACCGUCAUCACUUGAGUCUUCAUUAGCUUCACCAUCAUCACUCGAGUCAUCAUCAACUAAAAUGUCAUCCCUUGAAUCGUUGUUUGUCACACCAUCAUCAAUUGAGUCAUCAUUUGUUACACCAUCAUCAAGUGAAACCUCAUUUAUUACACCAUCAUCAAUUGAGUCAUCAUUUGUUACACCAUCAUCAAGUGAAAUCUCAUUUAUUACACCAUCAUCAAUUGAGUCAUCAUUUGUUACACCAUCAUCAAGUGAAUCCUCAUUUAUUACACCAUCAUCAAUUGAGUCAUCAUUUGUUAAACCAUCAUCAAGAGAAUCAUCAUCAAUUGAAAUGUCAUCACUUGAAUCGUCGUUUGUUAAACCAUCAUCAAGUGAAACCUCAUUUAUUACACCAUCAUCAAUUGAGUCUUCAUUUGCUAGACCAUCUUCACUUGAAUCCUCAUUUAUUACAUCAUCAUCAAUUGAGUCAUCAUCGGUUGAACCAUCAUUUUUUACUCCAUCAUCCUUUGAAUCCUCAUUUAUUACACCAUCAUCAAUAGAGUCUUCAUUUAUUACACCAUCAUCACUUGAAUCCUCAUUUAUUACACUAUCAUCAAGUGAAUCCUCAUUUAUUACACCAUCAUCAAGUGAAUCAUCAUUUAUUACACCAUCAUCAAUUGAGUCAUCAUCGGUUGAAUCCUCAUUUUCUACUCCAUCAUCCUUUGAAUCCUCAUCAAUUGAAUUAUCAUCAAUAGAGUCUUCAUUUAUUACACCAUCAUCACUUGAAUCCUCAUUUAUUACACCAUCAUCAAGUGAUUCCUCAUUUAUUACACCUUCAUCACUUGAAUCAUCAUUUGAUACACCAUCAUCAAGUGAAUCUUCAUUUUCUACUCCAUCAUCCUUUGAAUCCUCAUCAAUUGAAUUAUCAUCAAUAGAGUCUUCAUUUAUCACACCAUCAUCAACUGAGUCUUCAUUUAUUACACCAUCAUCCAGUGAUUCCUCAUUUAUUACACCAUUAUCAAUUGAAUCCUCAUCAAUUGAGUCUUCAUUUGUUACACCGUCAUCAAUUGUAUCAUCACCAAUCGAGUCAUCAUCUGAAUUAUCAUCAAUCGAGUCAUUAUCAAUUGAUUUAUCGUUGGUUACACCAUCCUCAAUUGAAUCAUCAUUUGUUACACCAUCGUCACUCGAAUCCUCAUCAAUUGAAUCAUCAUCAAUUGAAUCUUCAUGGGCUACACCAUCAUCGUUUGAAACCUCAUCAUUUGUUACCGCAGCAUCAUUCGAAUCAUUAUCAAUUGAAACAUCAUUUUUUACACCAUCCUCAAUCGAAUCUUGGUUAACUACACUAUCAUUUACAUCAUCAUCAAUUGAAUCAUUAUUUGUGACUCCAACAUCAUUUGAAUUACCAUCGCUUGAAUCGUCAUUUGCUACACCAUUAUCAUUUGAAUCCUCAUCAAUUGAAUCCUCACCAAUUGAAUCGUCAUCAAUUGAGUCUUCAUUUAUCAUACCAUCAUCAAUAGAGUCUUCAUUUGCUACACCAUCAUCAAGUGAAUCCUCAUUUAUUACACCAUCUUCAACUGAAGCCUCAUCAAAUACAACAUCAUCAGUUGAGUCUUCACUUGCUACACCAUCAUCAACUGAACCAUCGUCAAUCGAAAUAUCACCACUCGAAUCCUCAUUUGUUAUACCAUCAUCAGUUGAGUCUUCAUUUAUUACAUCAUCAGUUGAAUCAUCAUUUAUUACAUCAUCAUCAAUUGAAGCUUCAUUUAUUACACCAUCAUCAACUGAUUCUUCAAUAAUUACACCUUCAUCAUUUGAGUCCUCAUCACUUGAAACCCCAUCAGUCGAGUCGUCAUUUAUUACACAAUCAUCAUCAAUUGAUUUCUCAUCAAUUAAAUCUUUAUCUGUUACCCAGUCACCGUUUGAGCCGUCAUCAAUUGAGUCAUUAUCAUUUGAAACUUCAUCAUUUAGUGAAUCAACUUAUGCUACAUCAUCGUCAACUGAAACUACUUAUUUUGAAUCAUCAUUGGAAUCAUCUGCAGUUGAAUCCUCAUAUUUUACGCCGAGUGAUAAUACGGUAUCAUCAAUCGAUUUAGAUUCUAGCUCAAGUUUGGACAUAUCAUCGUCAAUUGAAUCCGAAGUUACUUUCGCAGUUGUUUCAUCAUCUUCAAGUAGUUCAUAUCCUGAUGCUUCUUUUUCAAUUACCUCGGAUUUUAAAACAAGCUAUACUCCAUCUUCAGAUUCUAUCACCGCGACUUUUGACUCAAGGCUUUUCUCGACUCUGGGUGCAACAAUAGAAACUACUUCAGGCUAUGAUCAAAGUUCAGAGAGUGACUCAAGUAUUGCUUACCAAUCAUUUUUCAAUUCCACUACAGACUCUAAUUCAGCAACAUUUGCAUUUUCUUCAAUUUCAAGUUCUUCGGUAAGCUACAAUUCUGCUGUUGAUGCCGAGUCUACAUUAUUUGAAAUUCCAUCAAGUUCAAGUGAUAAAGAAAGUUAUAGUUCAGCCAAUGAAGCUGGUUCUUCAACAUAUAUAUUAUCAUCAAUUUCAAGUUCUUCAGAAAGCUUAAGAUCUGCUGUUGAUGCCGAGUCUACAUUAUUUGAAAAUCCAUCAAGUUCAAGUGAUAUAGAAAGUUAUAGUUCAACCAAUGAAGCUGGUUCAUCAACAUAUAUAUUAUCGUCAAUUUCAAGUUCUUCAGAAAGCUUAAGAUCUGCUGUUGAUGCCGAGUCUACAUUAUUUGAAAUUCCAUCAAGUUCAAGUGAUAAAGAAAGUUAUAGUUCAGCCAAUGAAGCUGGUUCUUCAACAUAUAUAUUAUCAUCAAUUUCAAGUUCUUCAGAAAGCUUAAGAUCUGCUGUUGAUGCCGAGUCUACAUUAUUUGAAAAUCCAUCAAGUUCAAGUGAUAUAGAAAGUUAUAGUUCAACCAAUGAAGCUGGUUCAUCAACAUAUAUAUUAUCGUCAAUUUCAAGUUCUUCAGAAAGCUUAAGAUCUGCUGUUGAUGCCGAGUCUACAUUAUUUGAAAUUCCAUCAAGUUCAAGUGAUAAAGAAAGUUAUAGUUCAGCCAAUGAAGCUGGUUCUUCAACAUAUAUAUUAUCAUCAAUUUCAAGUUCUUCAGAAAGCUUAAGAUCUGCUGUUGAUGCCGAGUCUACAUUAUUUGAAAAUCCAUCAAAUUCAAGUGAUAUAGAAAGUUAUAGUUCAGCCAUUGAAGCUGGUUCUUCAACAUAUAUAUUAUCAUCAAUUUCAAGCUCUUCAGAAAGCUUAAGAUCUGCUGUUGAUGCUGAGUCUACAUUAUUUGAAAAUCCAUCAAGUUCAAGUGAUAUAGAAAAUUAUAGUUCAACUAAUGAAGCUGGUUCUUCAACAUAUAUAUUAUCAUCAAUUUCAAGUUCUUCAAAAAGCUACAUAUCUGCUGUUGAUGCUGAGUCGACUUCAGUCAAUACGAGUCAAUUCACUUCUAUAACUGGCGGCACGUCACUUUCUUUCGUAUCGAGCACAGAAGAAAUUGGUUUAUCAUCAUCAUCAUUACCAUCAUUAUCAUUAUCACCAUCAUCAUCAUCAUCAUCAUCAUCGUCAUUUUUAUCAUACUCAAUUGAACCAACUUCAUUUGUUUUUUCAUCGGAGCAGUUUUUGAGCUCGAAUGAUCAAACACACAGCAAAGCAACUUUAUUUACGACGAACUCAUUUCCACAGAUAUCAGUCCCAACAGAAUCGAUUUUGGCUUCAUCUUCAUUAGACUUUACUAGUAAACUUUCAUUUUCGCAACCAUAUUGGAAUUCUUCGAUCGUCACCAUAAGUCCUUCUUCCCAAUCAAUUGCAUCAGAAUAUACGCUAGAACUGGAUGAAAUUUCAUAUUCAACGAAUAUGCAAACGUUGUUAACUUCACUUGCUGCCGAAUCUACCGGUUAUAGCGAAGAUAGGGUUACAAAUAGUAUUGGUUCAUCUUCAUUUGCUUCUUCAGAUAAAUCAUUUGAGCAAACUUUGAGUCAACUCGAGUAUUCAAGUUCCCCAGUUGACAGUAUCCAUACGCGUGAUGAAUCAUCAAUACAUAUUAUACUGGACACCGCAUCUUCACAAUCUACUCAAGUUUCAAAUUCUCAUGAGACAGAGACAAAACUUUAUACAUCAAGACAUUCUACAAGUAACGUCAUUAUAUCAACACUAUCGACACAGCAAAGCACAGAGUCAACCAGUUCAAUUGAUCACGAUCAAACCACAUUAGUAGUGUCAAAUGCAAAAUCUGACUCACCUGCAUCAAUCUCCGAUACCCUUUUAGUUAGUUCCUCCAUUGGAACUUAUUCAAUUUACUUAACUACAGAAUCCACUUCAACAAACUCCUUUGAUGGCUUCCCUACUAUUGAAAAUCAGUCUUCCUCUUCUGAGUCGGAAGCAAAAACAUCAUCAUUUGAAGAUAUAAGUGAGAAAUCAAAUUCGUUCAUCAGUACAUCUACCAGUCAAAUCGGAGCCACGACACAGUCAGUAACUACUCAUCAAUCAUCAAGCAAAUCAGAGCCGACACAGUCGAGUAUUUUUUACCCAAAAUCAGUCAACGCUAUCCCUGAUGUUGUUACUUAUGAAACCUCGGACCCAAUAUCAAAAAGUUCAUCAUCUUUUUCAAAUUUCCUGUAUUCUACCUCAUUAGAUGCAAUUCCAGUAUUCAUUUCUGAAAUGCCUGAUGUAAAUUCACAUUCACCAACAGCUGCUUCUUUCAAUUCAAUUACUCAAUUACCAAAUACAUCAGGACUUGAAGAGUCUUCUUCAUCGUAUACGGAUGACUACAAGCCACAUUCAUCAGUUACGGGUACGGCUUCAGUAUCUGGAGAGUCAUUAAUUAGUGGAAGUUCGACUUUGAAAAAUUCAGCUGAAGUAAAUACAAAACCUGCGUCAAUUACAAGUUCUUCAACCGAAAAUCAACCUGGACUAGUGUCAUUUAGUGAGUCAAAAAAAUCAUCCCAACCUACUCAAAAUUCCGCCUCAUCUUCAUCAAAAAGUAUUGUUAAGAGCAAUACAUCGAGCACAAAAAGUAUUAGCGAAUCCGUAUCAUCAACAAACUCACCAACAAGCUCGUCAACAAACUCACUAACAAGCUCGUCAACAAGCUCACCAACAAGCUCGUCAAUAAACUCAUCAACAACCUGCGGAGACCUGUGCACAACUAACUUAGGUAUGAAUUCCCCAUCUGCAUUCACUGAAUCAAUCUUUAGCGAUCCUGCAACAAAAAGUUUAAGAGGUGAGAGUUCAACUUACACAACGAACGAUUCCAUCUCCCAUGAGACUACAACUACGAAGUCAAUGCAACCAACAUCUUCAUUUGCUACAACUUCAUCGGCUUUAAUUUCAUCAGUAUCGAGAUCAUCACCAUCUGUGAAAGCAACGUCAAAUGGAUCACAAAUUUCUUUGUCCCCCUCAUUAACGACUUUACUUCAUUCCGACUUUUCAUCACUGACAUUACCAUCCCUACAAUACCCCACUUCAAUUCAAUACUCAACAUUUACUUCGAGUGUUAUAGUUAAUAAUCAACCAGCGAUUACUCAAACUUAUGAAGCAGCAUCCUAUAAAAAUCAUGUUUCAAAGUUAGGAAGCAUCUUAACAUUAAUUUUACUAAUGUUUAUUAUUUAA